UGUAGCAUCAGCCUAAGUUUUGACUGGAAUGUGAAACAGAAGCUGGAUUGUGGAAAUCUAUGUUUUUCAUGUCUCUAUUAUAACCCAUUCUAUAGUUGAAUAAUUGAAGAACAUCCCCAUAAAAGUUUUUUUUCUUUUUUGUUGUUGUGUUCUGUUGUCCUUUUUUUUUUGAACCUUCUGCAUUGUUCUAUAUGAAAUAAUAGUCAUAAGAGUUCUAGAAAUGGAAGAAUCCUUAAUAAUUCUUCAAAAUUAGAUGCUCUGUGAAAGAUAAGGAAUGGGGCAGCCUGUGUCAUGGUCAUUUCUGUCUUUUCCAUAGAGUCUGGAGCCAUGAAUGUAUCAGGAGGAAACAGAGUGACUGAGUUCAUCCUUCUGAGCUUUCCUUGCCCUAGGGAAAUACAAAUCCUCCUCUUUGGGGUGUUCUCUCUGACCUAUGUCUUGACCCUCAUGGGGAACGGGUCAAUCAUCUGUGCAGUGAGGUUGGAUCAACACCUUCAUGUCCCCAUGUACAUCCUGCUGGCCAACUUCUCUUUCUUGGAAAUCUGCUACAUUAACACCACUGUUCCUAACAUGUUAGCUAACUUCCUCUCUGAGACCAAGACCAUUUCUUUCACUGCCUGUUUUCUCCAGUUCUACUUCUUCUUUUCUACAGGUGCCACAGAAACCUUCUUUCUAUCCCUCAUGGCUUUUGACAGGUACCUAGCCAUCUGUCAACCUUUGCACUACCCCACAAUCAUGACAGGACAUUUUUGCAUCAAGCUAAUAUUCCUCUGCUGGGUGAGUGGUUUCCUCUACUUUCCAGUCCCUAUUUGCUUCAUGACUCAAUUACCUUUCUGUGGUCCAAAUAUUAUUAAUCACUUUCUCUGUGACCCGGGACCCCUGUUGGCUCUGUCUUGUGCCCCUACCCCAGGGAUUGAACUUUCUUAUGCUAUCCUAAAUUGUCUCCUCAUCUUUGUAACCUUCCCUUUUAUCCUUGCAUCCUACACAUUAGUAUUCAGAGCUGUCUUGAAAAUUCCUUCAGCAACUGGCAGGAAGAAGGCCUUCUCCACUUGUGGCUCCCACGUGAUUGUGGUCUCCCUGUUCUAUGGGACCCUCAUGGUCAUGUACAUCAGCCCCAACUCUGGAAAUACCACUGGUUCACAAAAAAUUUUCACUUUAUUUUACUCAGUAGUGACUCCACUGGUGAAUCCCCUGAUCUACAGCCUGCGUAACAAGGAAAUGAAGACUGCUCUAAAAAAAUUCCAGAUGAGAAUAAAAACCAUCCAUGGAAGAUGA